AUGCUCGUCGUCGCUAGACGGCUCGGUUCCGCCAUGCCGUCGCUCCAUAACGGUGCUUCCCUCCUCCGGUUAUUCAGAACGGAGGCAGGUCAGCCGAGACGGCGGAACAAGCCCCCUUCUCUGCCGCUCAAAAAGAAGGAAGAGAAGUCGGAGUGGUGGAUCGUCGACGGAGAGAUGCACGAGAUCGGUGAUCACGUCCCUCUGCGUGAGCGUUUCACCAUCCCGAGGGACAACAUCCCCAACAGGCGCCGGAAGCAGCUCCGUGAGCAGUUCAUGCGCCGCACUCGCCUCGUCCUUAAGGAAUCGGAGCACGAGCCAUGGUGCAAGAGGUACAUGGAAUUGUAUAACGAGCUUAGAGAAAACUGGGAGAGGCUUUACUGGGAUGAAGGCUACUCGAAGAAAAUCGCAAGAGAUCACGCAAAUUACGAGUCUGCUGAAGAAGACGAUGAAGAUUUUAACCCAUACAGGAACAGGCGACCUUAUAAUGAUCCAACGAAGGAGCAAGGGUUUAAUAGAACAACACAAGGAGAUGAUAACUGGGAGAAAGUCAAUCAAAUCCGGGACAAAUUUGAAUAUGACAGAGAUAGGAGGAUGAGAGAAAAAGCUUUUGCACCAGUGAACGCUGCACCGGAAUCUAGAGACUUGGGUUGGAAUGCACAGAGACCGCCAUUUGAUGCUGAGAGGUACACUCGGGAUUAA